GGAGGAGGAGGGGGAGGAGGCGCUUUUAGGGAUUAUCUGGGGUCUUUGCCAAGGCGGUAGAGCCGAGUUUGAACCGCCGAGGCGCACUGUGACAUAAACAGUUCGGUGGAGGACAGUCGCUGAAAAGUUACCACCCCAUAAAAUCUGCGACAGGCAACGAAACAAACAAACAAACAAACAAACACUUGGAGCGAUGCGUAAAAUCUGUUCCGUCCGGACGGUUUGACCCACAACCUCUGCGAGUUUGAGGGAUGUUUUGGAGAUGGCCUGAGCUUUAUUUUUUCUAGAGACUUCUCUGCACAGUAACCCUGCGGUUUGCGGAGCAGCAGGAGAGCUCGGAGCAUGCAGGCUGUAGAAACAAACUCGGGUUGAUCCCAGUCUGGACUGUUGUUUUCCUCUGAGGCCAGGCGGUCGGGGAGGAGAUGAGUGCUGAGGAUGGGACUGUGCCUCGGAACCGAAGUCACAGAGGAGAAGAAGGCGAGGAUUCACAGCGCCAAGAUAGACAGAGACCUGUACGAGUACGCCAAACGGGAGAUGAAUGUGGUUAAAAUACUCCUACUAGGUGCAGCGGAGAGCGGUAAAAGCACCUUGGUCAAACAGAUGAAGAUCAUCCACAGUAAUGGAUUCGCCAAGCAAGAGCUCAUCAGCUUCAAGCCUGCAGUGCUGGAUAACCUCCUGACCUCCAUGAAGUUUGUCCUCCAUGGCAUGGGUGUCCUCCGGAUCAACCUGGCUAACAUCAGGAACAAGGUCCACGCCCAUUCUGUUCUGUCGUGUGGGCGGUGUUUUGACGAAGAACAGGUGCUGUUUCCUUUCCUUAGCCACGCCCUGUCCUGUCUGUGGGCUGACCAGGGGGUGAGGGCCGCAGCGGCCCGGGGAUAUGAAUACGAGCUCAAUGACUCGGCGCUGUAUUUCUUUGAGAACAUGGCCCGCAUCACUUCUCCAGAUUAUGUGCCCAGUGAGACGGAUGUUCUGCGAGUACGACUGAGGACGACAGGCGUGAUCGAGACCCAGUUCAAAGUCAACCACCUCAUUUUCAGGAUGUACGAUGUUGGAGGCCAGAGAACUGAGCGGAGGAAGUGGAUUGGUUGUUUCGAGGAUGUCAGGGCGGUGCUGUUUGUGGUGUCGCUCAGCGGUUAUGACAUGACCCUGGUGGAAGACCCCUCCAUGAAUCGUCUUCAGGAGAGCAUGAAACUCUUCGCCGCCAUCUGCAACAACGUUUUCUUCCGCAGCACAUCCAUGAUUUUAUUCAUGAACAAGAUAGACCUUUUUCAAGACAAGAUUUUACACUCUGGCCGACAUCUGCGGUUAUACCUGCCGCAGUUUAAAGGUGCAGACUGCGAUGUGGAUUCCGCCGCCCGCUUCAUCGCUGCCACCUUCGUCUCGCUCAACGCCACGCCCAGCAAACUCAUCUACCACCACUUCACCACGGCAACAGACACCUCCAACAUCCAGGUCGUCUUCCAGGUGGUGAUGGACACGAUAAUCAAAGAGAACCUGGAGGCUGUGUCGCUCCUGUAGCUGUAAAUGGAUGUCCAACACUUCACUGGAUAGUCGGUCUCAUUGUAAGACUAAAAUAAAUAAUAAGAGCAACAGAACAUGAAGAUCAUCUGCUCCAAACGUAUUAUCUCUGACGCUCUUUUCCACUUUUGCAUUUCAUCUUCUCUGUUGGAUUUCAUGUAGCUUAGAAAAACUGUUUAAAAAAAAACUUAAAGGAGAAGGACCACUUGGCUAAUCCUUUUUGAGAGUAGUGGGCAUUUACAUUUUUGUACUGUACUAUGAAAUGAGACUAUGAAUGCUGGUGUUUGAGGACUUGAUAUAUACACAUGUAUUUGCCCAUCUCUUCUUCUAUGUGUGUCCGUGUGUGUGUGUGUGUGUGUGUGUGUGUGUGUGUGUGUGUGUGUGUGGGCAGGACACAGUGGGCGUGAGGAUUUACUGUUUGUCUGUUACUUCCUCCGCGCAGGGUUCACUCAUGCAUACCAUCGUGUGUUUUCCGUUCAUCCAUCACUGUCUCCACCGUGCACAUCCUGUGCGUCACACCCUCCUAAUGAGGCGGUGAUCACUGUAAAAGCACCCCAGUUUGUGUUUACUCGUCCUGAAAUCACACUCACGCCGUUCAUUUUACUCUGUGCCUUCUCUCCCCUGACUCUCAUCGUCCAGUGAUGAUGCUGGCAAAGUGUGUGUGAAGAAACAUCCCUGAUGCGUCCACCUUUCGUCAUAUUUCCUCCCUUUCACCUCUGAUGAUUAUUGUUCCUGUAUGUGCCCACACACACACACACACAAACCCUGAUUUGUCAACCAGGAUGAUGCUUCCUAUAUGUGAUUUGUGUGGCAUUAACUCUGCUGGAGUUCCCCUGAGCGACUGACUGUGUUAUCUCAUCCUCUCUGACUCCAGUAAUAAACAAGAUAUGUUAAUGUCUGCUACGGUCUGAUACUGAAGGUGAAAGAAAAGAGAAAAACACCCCAAAGUGCCUUAUGAUGAAGUGGUUUUGCUGUUGUGUAAUUUAAAUGCUUCAGAAGUGUAUGCAAUUUGUGCAUUUUUCCUCUUCUCUUCCCCAAUUUUAGAAUAAUUAUUAGUAUUUCAUACUGAAUCUCUACUCUUUAUAGACCUUGUUCUCAGACUGUUAUUUCAUGGAUUGUACUUUGUAUUGUACUGAAACAGCAACACAAAAUAAAUGUGAUAUGCUGACUGUCUUA